AUGGCGUCGUUUGACUGUACUUCCUCACCUAUCCUGACCAUGACACCUCAAUCCGCGCAUCAAGGUUCCUUGGACCGGCGCUUCUUCCCCCACCCAUCUGCAUCAUUUGGUCUCCCUUCAUCGUGGACACAAGGCCUCGGACAGGCUUUUGCGCCUCCUCCGCGCGGUCGCAAGCGGUCCAGAGACGAAGCUGCAGUCAACCUCGACUCCCCCGAGAAGGUGCCACCGCCGGCCGAGACUGUCAAAGACGACGAAGACGAGUGGGAGUACGGCCCUGGCAUGAUCCUCAUCAAAAAGAGCAGCGGUUACGUGCACGACGCCAGCACUCAGUCAGGCACUUGGCUGGAAGAGAGCGCAGCAGCUUUGGAAGCGCAGCGGCAAGAAGACGCCCUUCUCGCACAGCGGCGCCAAGCGCAAGAUCGGCCAUCUCUGCGCAGCCAUAAGUCGUCGCGCAUCGAUCUCUCUGCCCGAGCAUCGGCGCAAGCUGGCAGCUCUCGGACGAGCCUAGGGCACGACCUCUCGGACGCGUCGUCCAAGACGCCCAGCGGGGCUGGGUCGCAACCGAUCAUCGACGACUUCACACUUCAUCUCGGCAUUGGAUGGAGUCGGCUGAGCGAGGACGAGCACAUCCAGGCUGCGGCGCGUGGCUGGGCACGGUACAUUGAGAAGCACUAUCCGGUGACCGAGCCCAAGAUUCUUCUCGAGAGCAAGGGGCUGGAGUCAUACCUGGUCGAAGCACGUGAAGGUUUUUUCCUCUUCGGGAUCGACCUGCACCAGGGCCGGCUUGUCAGCAGCGACGCGCAGCGCACUCUCGCCAACCUCAAGUGCAAUCCGCCCGUCUUCGACGGCGAGCAUGUGAUUACUGCUGCCGGCACGCCACGGGCUACAGGGAUGGGGCUUGAGCAAAGCGGUGCCGCACAGGCAUCGGCCGACUUGGACAUGGACAUGAAUUAA